CCUUUACCUCCACCCCCACAAUCCCCAUCUCAAUCAAUCAAUACAACAACACCCACAACCAUGGCCGAAAACCCCACCGACAAUACAGCUCUCAAAGUCCGCUUAAUAACACACAUGAACAAAGACCACAAGAAAUCCCUAAGCCACUACCUCCAACACUACUCAAAACUCCCACCAGCAAUCGCAGACACGGCCCAGCUUGUCGACGUCUCGCUCUCGCGCAUCACCCUCACCACCCGCUCCUCGCCUACGGGGACUGAGACGACAACGUACCUCCCCAUCCGCCCCUCGGCCAUGCAGAACAUGUCGGAAUCGAGGGAGCGGUUGGUCUAUAUGGCGAACGAAUGCCUAACCGGACUGGGAAUGAGUCCGUAUGUGGUCAAAACUUACACCCCGCCCGGAGCCUUUGGCAUCGCAGUGGUGGUGGGCGUGUUGAUGGGUUUAUGGACAUUUUCGGCGGAAAGGAAUUUGGCGGAGGGGUCGUUCGUUCGCAUCAAUCUUUUGCACAAUUACCAUCCUUUGGCGGAUUUCCUGAUGAAGACGCAUCUGUUUGGCUUUUUCAGCAUUAUCGUGCUUCACUUAGCCGAGUGUGUGCAUUUACAAAGGACCCGACUGCGUAAGCACCAAGUUGAAACUUUCUCCAAGGUUUGGUGGCUGUGGAUGGUGUCGUCCUCUCUUGAAGGGUUUGGAGUGUUUAAAAGGUUUGAUAAGGAGGUGGAGAAGGUGAUCAAGGCCACGAAACAUUGAGCCCGGUUGUUUGUUUGUUCAUUAGCUCUUUCUUAUAUGAUACCGUCUCUCUUCAUAAUUUACUACCGUAGACCAAAGCCAACCCCCCGAUUAACCGCAGUCGCUCUGAAACUCCCACACCUCAUCCUUCGAUAACACACACCAGCACUCCUCCCGCCACUCUUGCACUCCCUGCAGCAGCGUCAUGAGUUGUACAGCACGAGCACGCAACGCAUACAGUACCACCAUCCUUUUGAAGCAAUCACAACCCCUCACUCGUUAGAACAAUAUCGAUUGUUCACUGGUCCAAUCAAAUUACACAAAAAUAAAAAUGAAAGGAGCUGGCCGCAAAAUCACGGGGGGGGGCAAAGAAAGUUAAAAGGUGCCGUAUCCCGUUACGGGCUGGGUAUGAUAUGAGGAGCUGUCCCGGUGUAUCAUUUGCUAUUUCUAGGCAUUUUUUUUUUUUUCCCCCUUUCGGUUGAUAACAUUACUAUUGUAAUUUAUUCGUUGCCUGUACUGUACUGUGCUGUGCUGUAUCGUACUAGUUCACGCCUAGCGUUAUUGCCUUCGACUGAAGAGUCCUUGGGAAUGACCUCCGCCCCGCGGGACAUAGUCAGGGGAUUUGGACGGGUUAUUCGUUUUCCUGGAUAGAGGUUUCUGCUACGCAGAACCUUCUAUCUAUAUCCUGCUGAGGGCUAUUUGGCAGCAGGGCGGUUCGUGCCGGACCCCUGUGCGAAUCGUGGGUUAGGCCAAGUCAUUUGUUAGUAUCAAUGUUGUGUGUAAUCACUGCUGGAAGCGAGUUAUUGUAAGA